AUGGUGGCAUCUAACAGAGGUUCGAUCCCGUUUAGUGGAGUGCAGGGAAACCGGGCUGCUGAGGGGAGGUUCAGCAAUCCUUUAAGUCUGGCAGCACUAGCAAGUAGUAGCAGCUGGUCACCAACUGUACAGAAUACAAUAGGACGACGGAUGAUGGCUAGAGUUGAGGAUCAGAAUUCAUCGAGAAUAGUUCCAAGGUCUUCAGCUGCUAUUGCACUUUCACCACUCCUGCCACUCUCAGACAGUUACCCGAGAACAACGUCCCAACUGUUACCAAGGACUUCAACCGUUGGUGUUACAUUAGCAGAAGCCCAGAUGCCCUUGUCUAUGGCCCAGACCCCGAGAUCAACUCCUAGACAAGGUGAAUAUAGCUAUUACUCGGAAGACGCACCGCAGCAGUACGCGACUGCUACUACUCCGGUUCAGAAUCAGGGCCUUACUUAUCAGUCGGAUUACUCGACUCAAGACGCCAUGCAGAGACCUGGCAACUACUCCCCUUACUCCCAAAACAUGGGGUACAAUAUGCAACAAUCCUCACCUAAUGAGCUCUACGAGCAAGCUUACCCUCCCAGACAGCCAGCGGCUGCUGCGAUCGAAGUUCUUUCCAACCAAUUCGGAGUUCCACCUUACUACGGAGAUGGGAGCCAACAUACGGCAGCCAGCGUUUCUCCUCAACAAGCUCAAACACAGUAUCCGAAUAUCUCCUAUCCUGGACGCCCAUCAGCUAGUCAAGCUUAUGGAGCUCCCCUUCCUCUGGCACCCGACGAAAAUCAACAACAAUUUAUGUAUCCAAACCCAGAGGAAGGAAGCUCAGAUCAAGCCAGUAUGGAUGCAGCAUAUAAUCAGUACCAGGACGCUUUGAGAUCCUGCUUUCAGAAUGUCCGAGAUGGUAGAAUGGUAGCUGCUGGCACAGCACUCUUGGACAUCAGCGAAUGGCUUUUGUCUAAUGCAGUCGAUUUAGGAUUGGUUCGGGACGAGCAGGAACUUCACAAAGACAGGUCGAAGCUCUGGAAUGAAUUCAAUAUGUGCUGGCUUGCAGCCAUGCAGAAACAGAAAGAGUUAUUACUGGAACAAAGAAACACAGGACAAUCCAUCCAACAACCACGGGAUCUCAUCACCGACGAGAAUUUGGAGAAUAUGGGCAUGGAACUGGUACGCCACUGUGAUAACAUGGAGAGACAUGGGUUGGUGGAUUAUCAGAUGGGGGUCUGGGAAGAGGAGAUAUUAGGCGCUAUCCAAGAAUGUCUAGAUUUGAUGCAAAAUAAAGAACCGGCAGUAGCUCCCGAGACUGCUAGCUAG